UGAAGGGAGCUCCGCAGAGUUGAAUACGGCAACUGUCGGAGCCAAACUGUUUGGAAAGCGGUCGUUAAAACUGGACUAUGCUUGCCUUCGUUGUGGAAAGGAACUGAGGAAGGCCCUACACGAUGUCUGUCGCAGUGGAAGCCACAGUGUCCAGGAUGCCUCUCCCUCUUCCGACCCACUUCUCCCAUGCAGAGCAGUCCUUCUCCCUGAAAAAGCGCCGUCUCCCUUUUUCCCUGUCAUCUCCCUCCAACUCGUCCCACUCUUCCCCCGCCCAUCUCUCACAUUCUCUGCCGCCACUGCCACCGUCUAAGGGAUGUCCCUCUUUGAGCAGGGUGUUCCCCCAGCACCAGUCCCCCUGGACACCCCUGUCUCUUUCUCUUAGUAAGUCUCCCCCUCCAAAUUCUGAGUACGAUCCGAGCAAACAGCAGUCCUAUUUCACUCAGUGCUUCACUAAUUUGGGCCUGCUGGGUAGAGGCUCCUUUGGAGAGGUCUUCAAGGUGCAAAGCAACAAGGACGGUCGCCAGUAUGCAGUCAAGCGCUCUGCUCGACGCUUCAGGGGUAACAGUGAGAGGAACCGGAGCGUGAGGGAGGCCAGGAACCACGAGCGCCUGUGUCCUCACCCUCACAUCCUGACUUUCGUGGCAGCCUGGGAGGAGUGUGGCCGACUGUACAUCCAGACAGAGCUGUGUAACACCAGCUUGCUGCACCACGCUGAGAACCAGCCUCCUGGUCCAGAUGAGCCUGCAGCUUGGGCCUACCUGGGCGACCUCCUCUCAGCGCUGCAGCACUUGCACUCUCAUGGUUUUGUGCAUCUGGACCUGAAGCCUGCCAAUGUCCUCAUCACUGACUCUGGACGUCUGAAGCUCGGGGACUUCGGGCUGCUGCUGGAGCUCAACCAGACGACUACAGAGCCUGUAGAGGGGAAAGUAAAAGACGAUGCCCAGGAGGGAGAUCCCAGAUACAUGGCUCCUGAGCUGCUCCGUGGGCAGUAUGGACCUGCUGCAGAUGUUUUCAGUUUGGGUGUUUCUAUUCUGGAGCUUGCCUGUAAUAUUGAGGUUCCCAACGGGGGUGAAGGAUGGCAGCAGCUCAGACAGGGCUGCCUCCCGUCAGAGUUUACUAAUGGCCUGUCAGAUGAGCUGCAGACAGUCCUCCGCAUGAUGCUGGCCCCAGAACCGUCUGAGAGGCCCACAGUGUCUGAGCUUCUCGCCCUCCCCUGUGUUCGGAAACGCAGGUGGAAAAGGCGCAUUUAUCUAAUGGUAGCUGAGACUCUGCUGUCACUCGCCUCCCUGUGCCAGUUGGUGGUGUGCUUUGGGUGUAGACUCCUCUCCUGCUUUCACUCCUCCUUCGUCCCUCAUUCGGACAAACCGGUACCCUGCACUCCUCCUAAGGACAGCUGGGACAGCGACAUGACCCUGUCCCUCAGUGCCAUGCAUACUGACUUGGGAAGCCCAGAGGAUGAUGCAGUGUUUCAGCAUCACACAGACCCAGAGCUUUCGCCCACCUUCUCACACAGGGUCAAAUCCAGAUUGUCAGUUGACAGCACAUCCACUCCUCUCCCAGGUUCACUGAUACGCAGUCGCCAAAGUCCUGGCCACACACCCACUCACUCACGUCUGGCUGACUGGUCUUUGGCUCCUACCCCCUCCAGCAUCCACUCAAAUGGUUCCUGCCGCACACUGACACCCAGUGCCAGCCCCAUACACACCAAGCUCCACACAGGCUCCAUGCAGAGCCUUAGCUCCUCGUCCACCAAGUCCUCACAGCGAUCCGGUCGCAACUGGGUCCGAAAGGAGGAGGAUUGUCCCCGACCCAACUUUGAACCAAAGAACCUGCUCAGUCUGUUUGAAGAAACAACUGAAGAGGGACAGCCAUGAGAACAAGACUGCCAUUUACAUUCACUAACAAAGUUCUUUUGUCUAUAAAAUAAAAAGGUGAAGAGGACCUAAAGGAUGAAUGUACCAAGUUCACUGCUUAGCUUGUAUGAACUGUUUAUUCUUGCCAUUGUGUAACAGUCCUGCAGCAGCUUCUUUUAUUGUGUAUUUGAAAGGGAAUGAAUUUAGGGAAAAGGUUUGAAUGUGUAAUCAAACCUUAAAGCACUUUUUUCUUUUAAAUGUUUGUGUAAAUACAAUCUGUUGCUGAAAUGACAAGUCAUGAUUUAUUGUUAAGUAAGUUGUCAGAAGUUCUGCUCUGAGUAAUUUACCUGCAUAAGUUACAAACGAAAGGCAACAGAAUCUAAACUUGUGGAACAUGUUGUGACUAUGAAACACCUGAAAAUACAAAGAACAAGCUCGACCGGUGAA